CGAGCGAGGGAGGCCUGGUGUAAACAAACAUGUCUUCCAUAGCAGUUGUUGGUGCGGGAGUUAUUGGUCUUUCUUCAGCUGUUUCUAUCCUAGAGAAAGAUCCCACUGUCAAAGUUACGCUCAUAGCAGAUAAAUUCUCCCCCUAUACGACCAGUGAUGGCGCAGCUGGGCUUAUCAUGCCCUUUGUGAUGGGCAGUACACCCGUACAAUUGCAAAGGUAUCUCGCUCACCUUCAUUUUUUAUUGGGUAGUUUCUAUAUGUCCAGCAGUUGGAAGGGUUUUUUUUUUUUAAUUUUUUUAUAAAAGGCUUCGUGUUUGCAGCCAUACCUUUCUAAAGAAUUAUUUUGGUUUUUUAUUUGAGGAAUUUCUAAGCUUGUGCGUAUCAUUUAAUCGCUUGGUAUGCACAAGCUCUCGAAUUUCGUCUAGUUUUUGGAAUCGCUCUGCAUUUCUCAACAAACGUCAAACAGUUUCACGACCUUUACAUGAGGUAUUCCGUGAGGUUCGUUGAUAUCUCUGACAGCCGGCCACGGUUUACAACAGACUAGGCCAGAAAUGUCUUGAAAAUGUUUGCGUGUAUGUGUAUGCACACGCUCAGAAAAUUCAUCCAGUUGGUAAGUUUUUGAAAUCGUGGGACAUUUCUGAUUAGACGUCUGAUACUUUUAAGAAGUUUUAAAAAAACUUUCAAGGGAAAUUCUGUAAAAAGUUAUGGCUACUUUUCACAGAGUAUUUUCAAAAACCUGUCCAGCUGCCAGUGCCCUACUCCCAAGCUGAAUCAGCUAGGAGAUGUGGACCCCCUAUGGCUGAUUUGGACCCCCCCUCCCUUCAAAACUUACUUCUUUCAGUUUUUUCUCCCUCGUGAAUUUACUUUGCUAAGUUAUAAAAACUAUUUUUCAAGGAUCCUUUGAAUUCCUUCAUAAUUAUACGAUUUAGUGAUCAAAAGAGGAUCCUUUUACAUCUUCUUUCUGUGGUGAAAAGUAAUGAGUCUAAAUAUCCCUUGAUGGGAAUCAGCUUAUGUUGUUUGAGUGUUAUCAUUUUCAAGGGUUUUAGAAAGAGUGUCAACCUAGUAGACUUUGUCAAUUUUGUUUUCAAAUCUACUGGAGAAUGCUUAAAAUAUCAGGACCUAAAGUUGUUGGAUAAUUUGAAGUUAAUUUCACAUCAGUAGCAUCACAUCCUUCCCUUCACCACACCCAUAGUUUUCCUAUCUAAUUAUUGGACUCUUCAGGAGGAACUCUAACCCAAAGAAAUCACUUAUCUCUAGUCUUUCCAAAAAGAGGCAUAAACAGAGGUUUGCAAUGUAGGUUCUUACAUAUUUAAAUUACUGACUUUCAUUAAAAGUCAGAAUUUUAAUAAUUGUUCUUACAGUCAUUAGUUAUCAUAUUUUCUUGUUAAAGAGGGGUUAUUUGCACCCAGGAACUCUUCCCUUUAUUGGGACAUGAUGAGAUCAAUUAAUCAGAAGUCAAACCAUUAGCAAAGGCCUACAAAAUUAACAUGGGUUUCAACCCUCUUAAAGGGAGAGAGUUAACUUUUGAGAUGUAUCACUAGAUGAAUUUCCUUUUUUUCUGACAUCCAGAAAGUGGUUUGAUGAAACUAUGAAAGGGUUAGAAGAGCUAAUGAAGAGGAAGGAUGCAGGCCAAAGUUUGGGACUUUAUAAAUUGACCCUUGUUUCCCUUUCUGAUGAUGAAAAUGCAGAGGUAUAUUUUUUAAUUUAGUUGGAUUUACAUUUACACAUAUAUACUAGUUAUGCAAUACCUACAAACUACAUAUAUCAAUAAAUAUCUUAAGGAUUACUUGUUAUUUAAUGAUACACACUCAUGUGUAUCAUUAAAUAACAAAAGUAACUCUAGGCCAGUCUGCAUACAAUGAGUUUGCAGUCUGCACAUAGUGAGUGAACCUCAAGUUGCAACUCUCAGUCUUUAAAGUUUACAUGUCGCUUUGGAUGUCCAUUCAUGUUGCACUUUAAGGAUAAUUGAAACAACCUACAUGCCUUCCUUUAAGCUGUUUUAAGUCUUGUGGUGCUCAGUACAUGUAUAUGUUACCUUAAAAAAAUAAACUGUUUUAGGACUUUUAAAUACUUCGGCUCACCCUUGGUGAUUGCUACAGAAUUAACUUGGCACUGUGACUUUUGCCUUGUGAGCUGAGAAUCGCCAGCAUCCACUCUUAUUAGGAAAAUUUUUUUGUAGUCCAUUUAGUUUUGCUGGGUCUGUUGUUAAAUUUAGGGUGGUACAAUGUGUUUUAAGGUAAAUAGCAAGAUGCCUGGAGGCAUCAAUUUGGGAUGGAAUGCAUUGGCCAUUAUCAACAGUCACUCUGAUUUUACCUGUGAAAAAAGAUAUUUAAUGCUAACACUUGAAAGUACAGGGAUAAAAUUAAAAAAAAAAAGUUAAAAAAGGCAAAGUUUUAAAAUGAUUGGAUCUAGCAACUGUUUUUUGAAUGUUCAGUAAUGUAAAAUGGUUAGAUAAACUGUUAUAUAGCUUAUUUGAGGAUGAAUUAAAAUAGAGUGAUCGUAACAAAAAUCUUCAAACAAAUUACUGGCACACUUUCAGGAAAGUUUGCUGAUUGCUUUGUACAGUGACUGGAGAGACCAGAGAGACUCAAUUAGUUAAGUUCUUUCAAGGUUAAAACCAUUUAAUACUAUGCUUGGCUUUGAGAUCUGUAGUUGCAAACUUUAUAAAAUUUUAGAUUGGCUCUUUCCAAAAGAUUCUUCAAGUGAUUGAAUGCCUAUAAUUCUGAUGACUAAUAUUACUGGUUGUGAUCAUGUUGGGUUUUCCAAGUCUUUUCUAUGGGAAAUGUGGCUUUAUUAACUGAAUGCAUUGUGAAAAUUUUGCACUAAAUGGGAAAUUUGGCUUACCCUUCCAACCAACAGGAACCCCACUGGAAAGAUCUUGUUGAUGGUUAUCAUGUUCUCACUCAGAAAGAACUUCAGAAGUUUCCUCAGUCAUCCAAGUCAGUAGGAAUUUUUUUUUUGUAAUGUUAUAGUGAUCAUUUUUCAUCAGAUGAAUGACUUAAUUGUAAACUGUGUGCAGAGUGACUGUGAGAGAGAUGGGACCUCCAGCAAACCAGGAUGGCAACGGCAACCAAGACAUGGCAAAACAAAAGAUCUAAUGGGCAGAAUAAGAGCUUAGGAUUUUCAUCGUAACCGCCUAAUGUCCCCACUCAUGUUUAAACACUGAAAUGUUUAUCACUCAUCUUAAUUUCAUUUGUUAAUUCUAUGAAAGGGUGAAUGUAGUUAGUUCUUAUGGUUACUCACUUUUUUUUUCUUUUAAUCAACAGAUUUGGUUUCUCCUGUAGAGUCAUGUUCCUGAAUGGAAAGUAUUAUAAUCCAUGGCUUCUAGAAAGGUAACAUUCUUUUUUUCACCAUAUGUUUGUAGUAUCUCCUCAGUUUAUCAAAAGUUUUAAAUAGAAUGAAACUGCAUAGCGCUCUUUCUAAAUCAGGCAAAGUUUAACCUAUAUUAGGCAUUCACCCUUGCAUAGUUGCCACAGCCGUGGCUUUCUGAUAUUCCUUGACUUUUCUCUGAAAAAUGUAGAAUAUCCCUGAUCAACUAAAUUAAUAUUUGCACAUAUGAACCCUGAUAAUGGUGUCCAACCUCCCUACAUAGCCAUCUUCUUUAUCCAUGCUCUAAGCAAGUCACACGAAGGGUAUGUCAAUUGGUGUUUCCUUGAUGUAAGAUAUAAAAAUAAUUUAUUGUCUUGAAAACCCAACAUCAGUUUGCAUUUCAAUUUGAUUUUACAAUAUUCUACCAAACCAACACGUUUCAUGCAUGGAAAUGUACCAUAGAUAUUGAAAUUUGAAAUAAACGUAAUGAUUGGACAAAAUUUCAUUCACAAAUCAAGUCGAACUUGCUUUACAACAGGAAACAAUAUCAACUGUAAAAAGUGACAUAUCGUUCAUCAAGAAGAGGCUCUGGACAAGAUUUAAUUGUGAUUGUACUUUUCCCUGACUUGAUCAAAGAUCAGUGCAAACUUUCCCUGACUCAAAAGUUUUUCCUUGACUUUUGGCAACCAUGCCAUCGUGUGGGAAAUGCCCAGAUGACAGGUUAACAGAGAUUGACCAAAUUUUUGAAAAAAGUGUGGCAAUAAGUGAUCGAAAAAACAAAAUUUGCAUCCUAAUGCUAACAACUACACUAUAUAAAGUAUCUGUUAUUUUCAAGCUAACAGGGGGUAGUAAGGUGAGCAACUUUCUUAUCAUCAGUACUCAUUCCCUGUGAGACCAUGUAAAGUAAAUUAAUCAGCUUUAAUUGUCUGGAAUCUAAGCUUUGGCAUCUUGGUGAAGCAGGUUACUGAGUUCACUGAGUAUCGGCCAAAGUUAACCGUAAUUUGAUCAAAGGCUUCCAUGAGCUAAAAGACAUUUAAAAAGUUUGUUAUUCUGCUGUUGCAAAGUCGAUCAAAUCUUAGGUUUUCGUAAUACUGCAACCCAAACAUUUCGCGCAGGUUGUGUAGUGUUCUAAUUUUCGAAUCGAAAUCUUUCUAUCAAGUGCUGACUCAAAUCCUUUUGAAUUCGACCAGCAGAAAGUUUAUCAAUAUUUUCAGUUCGGAAAUGCAUUCUUGCCGUUCUACAGUAAUCGUAACACAGCGGCAAGAGUUAACAAUCGCCUCCGGUGAAUAUAAGUAUACAGUUUGUAAGAAAAGGUUGACCUUUUAACCAUCACCGGAAGUAGUGAAUUUGGCACAUGCAAAUUACAAAGAUGACAGUAUAAGACCAAGAAUACAUGAUUUCUUUUUCACAAAUUGAUUCAACCGCCUGACUUUGAAAGUCACAGAAUACAGUUUCGCAAACGUUAUGCACCUGCCAUACAGAAUCAGGCAUUGAUAGAGGAUGGAGUGACGCAAUUCUGUCUGAUAUUGAUAAUCGUUGCCUCACAAUACUGACACAUCAUUUGCAAGCAUUUUAAAAUCAGAGUCUGACAGAAGAGUUGUAUCCAGUUGCUUAUUUAGCAAACUCUAGGUUGCUAUGAACAGCCUUCUUAUCGGCCCCUUUAUCGUCAAUGAACUGGUUGCGAUAGAAUGGAUGUGUCUUGUUCAUCAAAUGCACAAAGUGAUCUCUUUCUCUUUCAUACUGCACUAGAUCUUCGCACAAUCUCGUACUGACAUCUCAUUCUCUUUUCAGCCCUUCGUCUUACUUGCUUAGCUAUUGGGGAUAUCUUCAUUAAACUGAGGUGCACGAGGCCGGAUAGUAAUAUCACAAACUUUAACAGUUUUAAAAAGAUCCAUUACGAGAAAUGUUUUCCUCCUCAGAAAAAGUUGAAUUCAACCUGAGUAACGUUCGUAAAUGUAAUAAAACCCUUUUUGUUUUGCCAUGUUGAUUACACCGGUUACCAACCUUCAGUUGUGAAGAUGUGAAUGGAAUGUCCUCUGAGUACAGGGAAGAUGUCAGUGGUAGUUUAUAAAUUUUUAUAAAACAAAAAUCAUGACUGCAUUAUUAUGUAUUCGUCCAGGUUCAAGCAUCUGGGUGGUGACAUUAUCAAGAAAACGCUAGAUUCACUGAAAGAGGUGAGACAUCUAUACAAUGUGGCAAUAAGUAUGGUUGGUUAACUCUUCUGAAUUAUAUCCAUGCAUAUGUUCUUCCAUCAGCUGAAAAUGCCAGUUUUACACCAUUGUUGAUGUUUGGUUAAUGUGUGGACCUUUUUGGAUCAACUGCACGUUAAAAAUAAAUACGAUAUUAUAGCUUGCAGGUGUCUAUGAUGUUGUUGUGAAUUGCUCUGGGAUGAGAGCAAAGGAAUUGGUGAAUGACUUUUCCAUGGAUCCUGUGAGAGGUCAAGUAUUGAGGGUAAGUCAUUGUCUCAUGGCAAACCUCAAAUUGUGUUUGAAAAUCCUAGUUAAAUUCCAAAAGCGUUUAUAGCGCUCCUUUCGGAAAUUCCAAGUACUAAUAGCUGUGAUAGCGAAGGAAUUCUGUAUGAAUAGAGCUUUCUUGUUCCUUGAUUUCUCACAUAGUCAUGCUCUUAAUCAGGGAGCCCAAUCACAUCUAAUGAACUGUCAUUAAAUGCCACAUCUAAUGAACGCUCACGACAACCUUCAGUGAUACAUUUUUAUCCGCAUGAAGAGAAGACUGCAGAAACAGCUGAUAAUACGUUCCUUCGUGGUACUGUAUCUGAAUAAUGUGUGAAAAAAUAUCCCUUGUCCGCCAAUUCUAGGUGUAUGCACCAUGGAUAAAAGAGGCUUAUGCACAGGAUACCAAGCACCUUCAUAAACAGGAGAGAUACUGUUAUAUUCUUCCACAGUAAGGCGGAGUAGAAUGUUUUUAGGCCUUGACUCAUUAGGAGCUUUUUUAGAUGGAACUUCGUUUUUUAAUCUACUCAUUCAUUUGUCAUCAUCGUAUUUGCAUUCCUUAUAAUUGAAUAUUGAAUAUAAAGCGAGGAGAAGAAAAUGAGGGUUGCCCAAUACACACAAAUAGAUUGCAUCGGAAAAUGUAUGUUAAUGCUUCUAUGUGUUGUGUAUGUGAUGUAUAUUCACUUACAAUUUUAUGUAAAAUGGUCGGAUAUUUGCAGCUAUGAACUCAAGGAAGUUCUAAGGCCUGAAAAAGAAUUCAGGCCUGUACGUGAUAAAUCAAUGUCUAACUCACCUUCUCAGCCACGAUGAUUCCAUUACGAAAUUUUAUGGUCAUGAAAAGUCUAUCCACACUAGGUCCAAGAGUUUUCACCAAUUAAGAAAACCUGCAACGUCCAGCAAAGAAGGCUUCUUUAGAAGCCAAAGGAUAUCAAUCAAUUGCGGAUACAGGGGUAAUUCAGGGGGUCCAUACCUUCUCCUUUCCCUCAUCAUUUGUCCUCUUUACUCACUGUCUAACCCCUAAAUUCUUGCCAUGACAAGAUUGCAUGUUAUUAUAUCGCUGGCAGCACCCGUAGGUAAUAUGAAUUGAAUCUUGUGUUUUGAUUGGCUUCCCGAGCAGGCAAGAUGGGCUCAUCUUAUACGCUCGUGAUUGCCCGCUGUGGUCCCGCGUACGAGAAAAAUUGACUUGGUACUUACUUAGUAAUUUUUGGACAGCGUCAGCAAUUGAGACUCAAAAAGCGGCAGAAGACAGUCAAAAUAAAGAAAAUAUAAACGCCUCGUGGUUUUAUUGUGCUAAACAAGGUUUGCUUUCUUUCCCGGCUCUGGUUUCUUGAUGAGAAAUCCUUCCUUGACCAAGCCUAUUCGGUCAAAAUGGCUGGAGAGUAGCCUCAUCUUUUUUUUUUUCGCUUUUUUUUGGAACUCGACAUAAAAAUGCAAAGGCGAAUUCGGCCAGAAUCCAGCCAUUUUGACCAAACACGCUUGGUCAAUAAGGCAUAUUCACUACUCAAUAUGGGGUGUUUACAAUUAACUUUCUUGAAACAUUUCUUAGCUUUUUUAGGCUACAGUGUAAAAGAGUUAGUGCAUUCUGAAUCAAAGUUUAGAAUACCGUUUAAAAACUUCCAGGAUUCACUCUUAAUUCCAAUAUGAAAACAACAAUUUGGUAACAUACAAACAUUCUUUUUUUAUAUUUUUCGCUGAAAAAUAACACAUGACCACGCUAGCAAAAUAUUAAUGGCUUGCAUUUCUCUUCUUGCAAUUGCAAACGAUCUCUUCGGGUUUUGGUUUUGCUCUAACUUAAAAGUGUCGCAUUUCUGCAUUUAACAAACAAAUGUGCUUGACUUCUGGAAAACGAAAAGACCGCGCGUGAAUCAAGUAGUCUCGGAAUGAAAAAAAUUAUACAAAUGAAACAGACUCCCCCUCUAUUCAUGUUGUUCGUAAUAUCUACUUUCACGAGACGCCUGUCUUAAAAUGACAGUAGUUUAGUUUAAUGAAAACGUUGUCUUCAGUAGCGGAAUCUGUACUAGACAUUUUGGAAUUUUCAUUUAAACCAGAGUUAGAAGGGAACUAAUAACUCUGUACCAAUCUGUUUUUUGAAAGGAUGAAAUUUACACCGUAAUUCAAUAGUUCUUGUGCUUACCACCUCCCACCCCCCGUUUUUUUGGUAUAAUUUCAAGCACGAGAGGUAAUCACCUUUUGUUGAAAGUGUUUUAUUUUUCCUUUGCGAGUGAUGUAGUGUAAUUAAUUCUCACUUGUAAAUCUGUGUUUUGCACAAAUUUUGGUGGAUGAAAUAGAUGAUAAACCCUGCACAGUUAUUCUCGUAGAUUGCAUGCGUAAUUAUAGUUGCCUACUCUUAUUUUCCGCCUACCUUGAAUCCGCCUUUUAACAGAUGAAAAGAGUAACAAAAAUGAAAAGAAAUUUCUUUUCACACAUAAACAAUUGAUUUCAGGAAAACAAAGAUUGCGUGAUAAGAAACACUUAUAGCUCUGAAGCAACCUUUACCGAAUCGGUCUUCUCAGAGAAAACGUAAAUCACAUCACCAACGACUACAACGCAUGCAUAAGUGAUGAACAAACCAAAAUAUAGGCAUGCUUGCAUGCAAGAGAUAUUUUCUUAGCUGGGUAGGUGGAGAUGGGACACUUUGUGUUCGUAACGUUUUAAUAACUUUCAAAAGAACGAAAAUAUCGCAUUCACUUCAAGAGAAAGAGAAAAACGUAAUUUAUCUAAACUCGCAUAGGUAUGGUGUUGUGGUCUAUUGCCUAAAUACUUCUGAGAAAAAGAUAAGUUACAUAUGAGCAAAAACUAAAAUGCAUCGGUGCUACGCCAACUGUAUUCUCCUUCGCAGCCGUUGUUUGGUCUCGUCUAUUCCCCUUUGGAAAGAGAGCCGUUGCGUGACGAGACCAAAUAACGGUUGCGAAACUCGGACUACGCUUACAGCCGUUCCUCCAACGAGAAAGAAAAUCAAAAUUAUUUGUCCACAGUUAGUCGCCUCAAAAUUAUAAUUCCAUGUAAUUUUACUGCGAAAAGCAAACUGAAACUGUUGUAUCUUCAAUAGACCCUAACCAAAGACAUUGCGAUCUCGUAUAAGGGAAGAUGCACUGAGCAAGAGAAAAGGAUCCUAUUCAGAGAGGGCUCCUUGAUUGUUUGUUGCCUCUCUGGACUUUGCCCUUUGUGUGUGAAAUACGUGAUAAACUGCAGGUUGUUAACAAAGAAUUAACGCGCUUGGGUUAAUUCCAAGGUAGCUGAUAGUGAAUUUUAUUCGCAGAAAAAGUUAAAACGCUACUAUCAGUAGCAUAAAGUUUCAUGUCAAUUUUUUUCAGUGGUAUUGGAUAAUGCGAUUAGAAUACGUGAUAAAAUGCAGGUUGUUUACAAGGAAAUGGCAUGUGAUGGAGCGAAGUCUAACGUGGCAAGAUAGGAUUUGAUUGGUUGAAUACAAUUCAAGCGCGUGAAAAAUUGCGUAAUGUUCAUGUAGUGCAAUGAUUGGGUAUGUUCUGAUUGAAGUUUGAACGUUGUUUUCAUAUUACUUGAUGGAAUGGAAGUUGUUUGGCGUGUUCGUUGUGAGAAAAGGAGUUGAAAAACACGUUUUAACUUAAAAAUGACACAAUAACAAUAAAUGCCAACCUUUCUUAUCCCGAUAAAUCUUGACUUCACUCGACGAGGCUCUUGCAAAGGCCACAAUCAUAAUACUUAUUAAAUGAGCCCAGCCCUCUGAUUCCAUGACAUAAGUUACGAGAAUACAAUACCCAAACACCGUGAUUGGUGCAUGAUAUCCAAAUGCUGUGAUGUGGUUGAUGCGAGAUACAUACCCUAAUGCGGUAAUCUGAUUGGUGCGAGAUACAUACCCUAAUGCGGCGAUCUGAUUGGCGGGAGCUACAUAACACUCUACAUGCCAGCAGAGAGUUACCUUUUUUGUAGAUUAUAAAACUAAAAAAACCGGCAAAUUUAGAAACACGGUUGAAUAAGCUGCAAGGUUCUUACUCAAAACGGCUACAUAACUUGGCUUUUUAUCAUUAAAUCUUCUACAUCUACAAUACACAUAUCAGAAUAUAGUUGCCAUAUGAAACGUUAUAUGGCAACUGACCUAAUGAUCGACUACCAAAUGUUGACUUAGACGUGGAAAUGUGGAGUAAAGUACCAGUUAUCCCGAAUGUAGGAUUAUUUAGCUAUAAUUGUAGAAUGAACUCAAACAACGUCAUUAAACCCGUUAUACCAUCUUCGAAUUGGCUAUAUUAAUCAGAGCAGCCCUACAAAUACUUAUACCGCGCUUUCAAGAAAAAUGAUCCAAAAUAGACUUUCAUCGUUUUGUAAAAUACCAAUUAUUUCAGAUUUCACACCCCUUAAAGAUGCAUUCUUUGUGAAAUCGACCACUGUAGAAGACAAACAUUUGAAAUCUUUUUUUUUCCGUUUUGGUUUUUGGGUUUUUUAUGCAAUACCUUCCAUUUGGCAGCCUCGGAGGAGUAACUCGAUGGCAAAUUUCCAAUUCUCGAUCUGCUCGACAUAUCGAUUGUAAUAAAUUAAUAGGAAUGCAAAAAAAUGCCGACAUUCUUUAAGAGGGUGAUCUCUGGUGACUGACAUUGUGCCAUUUGAUUUUUGUUUUUGCCGGCUUAGUUCCCCUCGAAAAGGAAAAAAAUAAAAUGGGUUUCACUUCCAUCGAAUUCAACAUCUCACAACCUCGUUUCAUGCCUUUGAGAAAAAGACAUAUUUCACGCAUACUGCACAUGUCUGUGCAAAGCGCUGUUUCGCUUAAUCGAUUAAAGAACACGAUAUAUUUCACGUGAUCCGCCCUGGAAAUACGUUGUUUUGCUUCGUGGCUUUAAAGCGAGGCAUAUUUCACGUAUGCUACAUUUGUCUGUGUUGAGUGCUGUUUCGCUCAAAGGCUUGAGAAACUAGGUGUAUUUCAAGUCAUCCGCGCUUACCAUGAGUUGUUGCUCUUCAUUGCUGUAAGAACGAGGCAUAUUUCACAUGUACUGCGCUUGUCUGAGUUUAGGAUUUCCACUAGAUUUCUAGUCAUUCCGAUGGACACGGCUGUUUCACUCAAACGCUUGAGAAACAAGUUAUAUUUCAAGUCAUCUGUGCCUGAAAUGAGUUGUUUCACUUCAUGGCUUUAAGAACGAGGCAUACUUUGCAUAUACUGUAUUCGUCUGUGUUGAGCGCUCUUUCGCUUAAAGGCUUGAGAAGCGAGGUAUAUUUUAAGUCAUCCGCGCUUGAAAUGAGCUGUUGCGCUUCAUUACUGUAAUGACGAGGCAUACUCCACAUAUCCUGCAAUUGUCUGAGUUUAGGUUUACCACUAGGCUUCUGGUUAUUCCGAUGGGCUCUUUUGGAUUCCGUUAGACUCCAUCGGCUUCCAUCGGACAACAUUUCUGCCCUCCCUGAUGUUUAUCUGACUUCCGGUAACACACCUUCCGUUGGAAGGUGUCACGAAUAUAAUUUUGCCUAUUCCAUCGCAAAACCACGUUUUAUAUCAGAAUCCAUUGGUGUGUAUCGGACAUAUGAAGAAAAUUAGAGAGAUUUAAGCAGCUAUUGGUUUUGAAACCUACCUUUGCCAUUCUCUCCCCAGAGCAAAUGGUGAAGUUGUUCUUGGAGGGACUGGGUAUCAUCAUAACUCAGACACAAGAAUAAGUGCCGGUGAUACGCGACACAUUCUGGAAGUGACAAGAGAACUAGUACCUAGUCUCGCUGUGAGUUAAUCAUUUAAUAAUGAGACUCUUUUGCCAUAUGUCAAAUCUAAAGGAAGUUUUUUGUCAAAUUUCCAAAUGCAGAAGAAGAAGUUGAAAAUAUCUUAGUCUGUGGAGUGUAUGGAAUAGAGAAGUGUUGAAGCAGAGAUCAAGUAUUUGAUAUUAUUGAGCAAGUUAUUGAUACUUUCGAAUAGGAAUGAUUUGUUAUUUGGUUUAGCGUGCGAUUCGGCAAUUAAAUUUUGAUGUCCUUCCGCAAGUGGAAACGGAUACUUGCGGUGACGACUCCGAACUCUUUCUCAAGACAAAAAUGUUUUUAUCUUUGUUAUCUUAAUGAAAAUUUAAGCCCAUGGCACAGAAGAAAAACCCUGUGAAACCUUGGGCCUAUACGUUGUACUUCAUCGGGAAGACUUGGUGGCUCUACAAUUGUGAGGGCUUAUGUCACCAGAAGAGUAACCGAUGAAACAAACAAUCCGACCUUUAUUUAGUUCUUUUUAACAAGGUCGAAUACGAUAAAUUUUGAGCUCAGUCAUCGAAUUGAGAGAGAUUUUGUUUUUAUUAGGGUAGGACAAAGACAAAAUUUAUUCUCCAUAGAGGACUUGACCCUCAGGAAUUGGGAUUUGGUAGUUUGAAGUUCUGUCGAUGAGCAUCAGAGAAUUCGAUAGUUCGCGAGGUCGUUGUAUACUAAGUUAAUAUUUGACAAACCUCCUGCCCUCCGAUAAGAUCAUCAAUUUAGCAAGUGUUAGGAGCUUGAGGACCAUAUGACUGACUGGGUGAAAAUGCCAAUCCGCGUUGGUGUGUACAUUAAAAAAAUGGGGAAAUUUCAACCUUCUUUCAGCCGGAUCAAUUCAGCUCUCAGUCAGGGUUACCUAACAAGGAGGGCCGGCCGGCUUGACAACGUUCUUCAUGCGAACGCUGGGAAAGAUUUGACUGCAAAAGGGUUACCCAUCGGAGUAAUUUAACCCGUGUUAAAAGUUUGAUUUUUUUUUCUCUUUUAGCGAGCUCCAGUGUUGGAGGCGUGGGUUGGACUACGACCUGGUCGACCCACUGUCAGGCUUGAAAAGGAAGUUAUGAAAUUUAACAGCAAUCUUGGAAAUAAAAAAACCCUGAAAGUAAGCUUGGAACUUAUCAUUAGUAUGUUUCAAUAGUGUGGUAACAGUAACAAUUUCAUCAUUCUAUUAUGUUCAGUUUCCACUGGGUGUCCACACAAACUCGUUCUUUUUGCUAUGUAUUGUAUAACUUUGACCGUUACUAUGGAUGGUAUUUUGUUUCGAAGUUAUGACAUGAUAUGCUUGCGGGUUAUGGCUAGGUAUAUUGCAAUCCUUUCUGCUCUUUAAACAUUUCUGCCAAACACAUUACGGUUUUGUCCUUGUGUAUCUCUGACACACCAACAUGCGCUUAACAAUCACGCAUGGAUGAGCGCCCUAAAAGCCCACAUAUAUGAGUCAUGAAAAAGUUUUGUUCAUAUGUGAUUGCUUCGUGCAUGAGCAAUAAAUUGUAUCAUGUGCAGGAAACUACCUCAUACACGAGAAAGGUAAAAAGUAACUCCGAAUCGCGACUUUCCUGUUCACACUUGAAGUCAAUCUCUAAUUGUGAAGCAAGUCAACUUCCCAUUUCACACAGCAUUCUGAUAACUGAAUUAUACAUUCUUUGUAACUGAAAAAAUCGUAUUCCAUCCGAGAAUACAGGACAAUUACGUAAUUAUCACUGUGACUGUGCAUCGAAGAGCAUAGAACGUCAUGAAACUUCUAAAGCACCUCAUGAACUUAUCAGUUACACGAUGUUAGGAUGUAAUGCUCGCAGUCUAAUAGAAGACAAUUCACAGAUUGCAAUAAAUAAUUUGUUGGAGAACUUUGAACAACCACGGCUGUGAGAAACAUGAAUGAGAAGGAAACCAACCUUACAAAAAGGGCCAUUCAGUUCGAUUUCUUUAGAGUUACUUAGAAACUUUCUCGUGCAUGAGGUAGUGCAGGCAUACGUGGUGAUCCAUUGCUUUAUAUCAUUGCGGCAUAUUAGUGUAACGCAGCAAUAAUGUACAACGUGACUAACCGGAUAGCCACCUUCAUGUAUGAACGCCGGAACAGUGCUCCUCCUCUCGAGUGUUAGUCGCACUUCUUGUUCAUCUUAUGCUUAGGUCUGCUCUACUGAAAAAUGUCCAACUACGUCUGCAGUGCAAGCUAGUUUGUGAUAGCCAGUUAUAAAUUAAGUUUUUCUUUGUGGUUUAUUGGUUUUUUGCUGUUUGAAGGUUGUCCAUAAUUAUGGUCACGGUGGUGGAGGACUCACAGUACACUGGGGUUGUGCCAAAGACUGUACUGACUUAGUGCUUCAAUUUCUCGCAGAGGGGCACAAAGCAAAACUUUGAAAGUCAAAGAUUUUGAAGUUAAAGUGCCCUCGUCUACAUCUCAUCGAUAUUCAUCAUAUUACAAACAUUCAGAAUAAAAAGCUCCCUCCACAAGUGAAAACUAUGCGACACUCAAAAAUUGAUUUAUUUUGACAGCUGACUGAGAGAUUAAUUUGGGUACUGAAUGAUGUUCAAAAUGAUGUAUCAGGCUUAUAGGUUACAGAUUAGGAGUCUAGUCAUCUCAAACCGCUCGGACACCAUCAACUAAUAGUUCAGGAUGGAGACAUUGAAACGAGUUUCGGAAGUAGUACGUGUUUGCAUUUGUUUACCUCAUGUCACUGUCAGUCCCUCUAACAAAAUAAAUGCAAC